AAUAGGCCUGGCAAUUGGCAAACCAACUAACCCCCCCUUUCUGUCUCUCACCUCACCUCAGGUGGAUCACCCACCGGCGUUCCCCAGCUUUCGAUCACCAUCAUCAUUCAUGCCAAUUCCUUCUCUACGCUUUCAGAUCUAAGCUUUUCAUUCCUUCCUCAAAUCACCUCCAUUUUUCCCCUGUGUUUGUUGGACCUACCUGAUUUAAGCCCUAGAUUCUCCUUCCUUCGAUCUUCUUUUCUAUGGCGUCCAAGUUGUCAUCCCGCUCUAGAGGAGGCGCCCCUGUAAAGCCCAACUCCAAGGAAACCGGCCCUAAGCUCGAGGAAAAUCUUAACAUCUUCAAGUCCGAUAAAUUCGACGCCGAUGGCUUUGUCAAUUCCAAAUGUAAUUCCUUGAACGAGAAGGAGAUAAGGCAAUUAUGCUCAUAUCUAUUGGAUUUGAAGAAAGCUUCUGCAGAGGAAAUGCGUAGGAGUGUCUAUGCUAAUUAUACUGCAUUCAUACGCACAUCAAAAGAGAUAUCAGAUUUAGAAGGUGAGCUACUGUCGAUAAGAAACUUGCUAUCUACUCAGGCUACCUUAAUUCAUGGUCUAGCUGAGGGGGUCCAUGUUGAUUCUUUGUCUAUCACUGUUCCUGGUGGUUCCUCUUCAAAUGGAUUAUCUCCUGAUGUAGACAGAGAUCCUUCAGACCUAGAGAAUUGGUUAAUUGAGUUCCCUGAUAUCCUUGAUGUUCUGUUAGCUGAAAGAAGAGUGGAGGAAGCUUUGGCUACCCUUGAUGAAGGGGAACGUGUAGCUUCUGAAGCAAAAGAAAAGGAUUCACUGAGUCCUGUUGUUUUGAAGUCCUUGCAGACGGCUAUAACAGAAUGUCGGCAAAGACUAGCCAAUCAGCUUGCUGAUGCUGCUUCUCAACCUACAACACGUGGCAGUGAGCUUCGUGCAGCUAUUAGUGCUCUUAAAAAGCUUGGAGAUGGCCCUCGUGCCCACAGUCUACUGCUCCAAGCACAUUAUCAAAGGCUUCAAAGCAACAUGCAAAAUCUUCGUCCUUCUAGCACCUCAUACGGGGGAGCAUAUACAGCAGCUAUUUCGCAACUGGUAUUUUCUGUUAUUGCUCAAACAGCAACUGACUCUAAUGCUAUUUUUGGUAACGAACCAGCUUAUAGCUCUGAGCUUGUGAUGUGGGCUACGAAACAAACAGAAGACUUUGCUCUUCUUGUUAAAAGACAUGCAUUAGCUUCAUCUGCUGCUGCUGGUGGGUUAAGGGCUGCUGCUGAAUGUGUUCAAAUAGCUAUGGGACAUUGUUCUUUGUUGGAAGCUCGUGGUUUGGCACUGUGUCCCGUGCUCUUGAAACUUUUUAGGCCUAGUGUUGAACAGGCGCUUGGUGCAAAUUUAAAGCGAAUUGAAGAGAGUACUGCUGCAUUGGCUGCAGCUGAUGAUUGGGAUCUUUCUUCUUCCCCAACUGUUACUCGUCUAUCUGGAAGGCCUUCAAGUACAUCCCAUAAUACCAUAUCGGCUUAUCAACAUAAGCUCUCAAGUAGUGCUCAAAGGUUCAAUUUGAUGGUUCAGGAUUUCUUUGAGGAUGUAGGGCCACUGCUAAGCAUGCAGUUGGGCGGUAAAAUGUUGGAGGGAUUGUUCCAUGUGUUCAAUUCUUAUGUUAGCAUGCUCAUUAGAGCACUCCCGGGCUCCAUGGAAGAAGAAGCAAACUACGAAGGCUCUGGGAAUAAAAUAGUUCGGAUGGCUGAGACUGAAUCCCAACAAAUGGCAUUGCUUGCAAAUGCAUCCUUGUUAGCUGAUGAGCUAUUACCUCGUGCAGCCAUGAAGCUUACCCCUGUAGCACAAGCCAUUUACAAGGAUGAUCCUCGUAGAAGACCCUCAGAUCGGCAAAAUCGACACCCUGAGCAAAGGGAAUGGAAGAGGCGUCUUGCAAGCAUAGUAGAUAGAUUGAAGGAUAGCUUCUGCAGACAACACGCUCUAGAUCUUAUCUUUACUGAAGAUGGUGAUAGCCAUCUGACUGCAGACAUGUACAUAAAUAUGGAUGGAAGUAUUGAGGAAAUAGAAUGGUUCCCUUCUCCAAUAUUUCAGGAACUUUAUGCAAAACUUUACAGGAUGUCUGCUAUAGCAGCAGAAAUGUUUGUUGGCAGGGAACGUUUUUCGACAAUGUUAUUAAUGAGGCUUACAGAAACUGUCAUCUUAUGGCUUUCAGAAGACCAAACUUUUUGGGAUGACAUUGAAGAAGGACCGAGGCCCUUAGGUCAUCUCGGCCUACAGCAGUUCUAUUUGGAUAUGAAGUUUGUUAUCUCCUUUGCCUCCCAAGGACGUUACUUAUCUCGAAAUUUAAAUCGAGUCGUGAAUGAGAUCAUAUCUAAAGCUCUUGCAUCCUUUGCUGCAACGGGAGUGGAUCCAUAUGGUGUACUUCCUGAGGACGAGUGGUUUGGUGAUAUAUGUCAAGAAGCAAUAGAGAGGUUGAGCGGGAAGCCAAGAUUAGCCAAUGGGGAACGAGAUCUAAGCAGCCCGACUGCUUCUGUUUCAGCACAAUCAAUAUCAUCCAUCAGAUCUCAUGGGAGCUCCUAAGGCAAUUGAUUUCCCCUCUUGUAUAUCUGGGAUCUGUCUGCUGCAACAUUUCUUUUGUAAUCAUAGAAGUUUAUUUUUCAUUUUAGAAUGCUUUGCCUUUUGUUCUCUCUCUCUUAUUAUCAUAUCAUUGUGUCAGAUAUCGGGUAGUUUCAUCAUUCUCACAAGUUUAGGAAUUCUUUCUGUUCUCCGGUAGAGGGAGCAUCUAAGCAUGUAAAUUUGUCUUUUUUUUGUUUUUAACCUUUUGAGUGCAAAUUUUUUGGUAUUCCUUGACUGGUAGUGUGGGGGAGUUGUAAUUGAUUUGUUGCAAAUAAUUUGGUUUUGCC